AGUUGAUAUCAUUUAUUAUAGUGUUACAGAUACUCAGCAUAAUGUAUUGGAACCUGCACAAAAGACUUUGGAAUUGGCAAAAACACCAAAUUGCACAAUGGUGGAUGACUUAUUAUGUCCUCCAGGUCGUCAGAACAGACCACCAAAAAUAGCUAUAAUUUUAAGAGGUCCGCCAGGCAGUGGAAAAUCUUUUGUAGCAAAACUUAUUAAGGACAAGGAAGUUGAACAAGGAGGUUCUGCGCCAAGAAUAUUAAGUCUUGAUGAUUAUUUUUUGGUAGAGAAAGAAAUAGAAUCCACGGAUGAUAAUGGAAAAAAAGUUACAAUUAAAGAUAUGAUAUACGAAUACGAGGAAGUAAUGGAACAAAGUUACAUUACAUCUCUUGUUAAAGCUUUUAAAAAAAAAUGUUACCGAUGGUUUCUUUAAUUUUAUUAUACUGGAUUGUAUAAACGAAAAGAUAUCCGACUAUGAAGAGAUGUGGAGUUUUGCUAAAACAAAAGGUUUCAAGGUAUACGUAUGCGAGAUGGAAAUGGAUUUACAAAUUUGUUUAAAAAGAAAUAUUCAUAAUCGCACAGAAGAUGAAAUAAAUAGAAUUAUAGAUUAUUUUGAACCAACUCCAAGUUAUCAUCAAAAAUUAGAUGUUAAUUCAAUGUUGCAGGAACAAGCAAUUGAAGAAGUUCAUAUGGAAGAUAGUGAAGAAACGCAGGAAAAAUCAUCUCAGCAAAAUGAAGAUAGCCAAGAUAGUCAAGAUGAUAUGCAAGAUGCUAUUGGAGUUAGCAAAUGGGAACGUAUGGAAGCUGAAGAUAAAUUAGAUCGGUUGGAUGGACUUGCGAAAAAAAAAAAUGAAGGAAAAGUACAAACUAUGAAAGAUUUUCUUCAAGUUCCUGACUAUUACAAUAUGGAAGAUACUUCUGGUAAAAAACGAGUGAGAUGGGCAGAUUUAGAAGAACGUAAAGAACAAGAAAAAAUGCGCGCUGUAGGAUUUGUAGUCGGUCACACUAAUUGGGAUCGUAUGAUGGAUCCUACAAAAGGAGGAAGCGCCUUAACACGCACAAAGUAUAUAUAAUUUAACUUUAUUUCUAGGUUACCUAGAAAAGAUCACAAAUAAAAUUAAUAUUAAUCGCGUGUAAGUUCUAGUUUAAAAAUUUACACGUUUACUUCAGAAAGUAUUACAAGAAUGAUUUUUUCUUAUUUUCUUUUCUCUUUUUCUUUUUCUUUCUUUUUUUCAAAGUUAAAGAGAUAACAUUGUAUUUAGAAUAAUAUAUAUUUAAAAGUAAUAUGAUUUAUGCGAAUUCAUAAUUAGAAAAUUUGUGUAAAAAGUUGCAAUAUG